GUUGGCAGGAACCAAAACUUCCCAAGGUAAGGUACCAAGUUGUAUGUAAUGAAAUGGGGGUGGCCACUUUUUUUAUUUUUCGUUUAAUCUUUUAUAUUUUAUUUUAUUUUUUACUUUUUUGGAGAGUCCUCAUAUGGAGUCUUUAUGAGGACCGCCAAGGUGGUCCACUCGUGCUCAUGCGUCCCACAUGCUUACGCCUUUUUUGGGUUCCCCGGCCGAGGUAGUGGUCCCAUUCCCUGUUAGUCGCGCAUUGGAUUUGUCGGCUGUGUAGUUCGGAUGAGAUCCUACGCUACCCUUCCCCAAUGGAGCAAUGGCACAACAUUUUAGGGUAGACUUAGUUUGUGACUAGCAAAAUGUAGAUGGUGGUUAUGAUGAUGCGGCGGAUGCUGCCACUGUUGACGAUGAAGGAGUCCCACCUCCCGUCUUGUUGCUCCGCUGUUGGAGGAACUGAGAUGUGCACCGGCGUCAAUCUGUGUCUGCUUGUGUGCCGUCCUGCGUUUAGUUUUACGUGAGAGUUGUGUCUAUAGGGCGGAUGUCGGAGAUGUUAUAAAAUAAUACACAGCCCAAAAAAAUAAAAAUAAAAAAAAUUUUAAAAAAAGGUAUGAAGAAUCAGGCAAGAAAAAAAAAGGCAAAAUAAAGAAAACAAAACUGACAGAGAAG